GCGGACGGGCGGUGAGCCGGCCGGCUGGAGUUUUGACAGCUGGCUUCGCUGCAGAGGAACAAGCCCAAAAGCAAACGAAGGCGGGGUUAAAGAAAAAACAAGGAAUUUCCUGGUGAGCUACGACAACACGGGAAGAUGAAUGUGGGCGUAGCUCACAGCGAGGUGAAUCCCAACACGAGGGUCAUGAACAGCAGAGGGAUAUGGCUCACCUACAUGCUGCUGACCGUCGUGUUGCACAUCGUCCUGCUCAGCAUUCCUUUCUUCACCGUGCCGCUCGUCUGGACCCUCACAAACGUCAUUCACAACCUGGUGAUGUACCUGUUUCUACACACAGUGAAGGGCACUCCUUUUGAGACACCAGACCAAGGCAAAGCUCGUCUGCUCACACACUGGGAACAGAUGGACUACGGUGUCCAGUUCACAUCUUCGCGCAAAUUCCUCACCAUCUCACCAAUUGUUCUGUAUAUUCUCGCCAGUUUCUACACAAAAUACGAUCCCACGCAUUUCUUCAUCAACACAGGCUCCCUCCUUAGCGUCCUCCUCCCAAAGUUGCCUCAGUUUCAUGGAGUACGGCUAUUUGGGAUCAACAAAUACUGACAGGACACUGGAUUUUUAACCACAAGCACUGGACUUGUAGUUUUCUAUUUCUGCUGAACUGUUUUAUGUUUAGAGUUUGGGGAGAAGAGAACCAGUUGGAUUUGUCUGUCUGUGUGGAGUAAUAUAAAGAAUUUGCGGUUUAUGGAUGCACAUGAAUGCACUGCUGCUGUUUCAUGAAAGUAAUUUUUUUUCUUUACUGACAUUCCUGAUGUAUGUUUAUCAUAAGCCAGACACUUUGCUCCUGGCUUCAAGAAAGAGCAAAUCUGAACUGCACUCCUUUAGAAUGUAACAUUUAUUCCUUAUUUUUAAGAUGUCAUCACCCUGUCAGAGAUUCUAGUUUUUCUCUUAUAAACUGCGCUGGCUGCACGUCUGUAAAACUGCAUCUGGAUCUUUUUCCAUUAAUGUGAAUGAAUUCAUUGUGGCAUUUUGGUCCAUUUUCAAGUAAUAAUUGCAGUUAGUUUCAGUUUUCUUUAAUGCUUUUUUCUUGAUUUACUAUGAAGGAUUUACAUGCAGCACGCAUUUACAUGCCUACAAUAAACACUGCAAUCUUUGUUUUGCUAUGAUACACACAAUCAUGUAAUUUACUGUUUGCUUUAAAAGCUGGAUGUCUUUCCUCGCUUAUAAAAUGAAAACAGCAGUGAUAACUGCACGGUGUGCACACAUGGAUGUCUGAUCUUUAGUUGAAAAAUGCUAAAUUGUUUGUGUGGAGGUUUGUCAGACUCAUUUAAUUAAACGUGGGCCAGUUUGUUUGAUGUGGGGAACUCCAGACACUUUACAUGAAGCUACCAUGAGGGGGCUGUCACAGUGUUUGCAAUAUGCUCAUGUAUCCAAGGGUUUCCCCCCCUUCCGCAUGCAACGUGGUGGUGUUUGCAUUGCAGUGAGGUUUCCCUGUUUGUGACGUGUCUUUUGGGGAAGUAAACACAGGAAAUGCAACAGUG